AUGGCAAAAUUUGGAGUUUCAUUCUCUGGCGGCGGUACUCGGUCAGCGGCGUUCUGCUCAGGGGUAUUACGCAGAUUGCUACAGAAGGAAGUGCAAAUAGAUUACCUGAGCUGUGUAUCAGGGGGUGGUUGCUCUGGCUCCGCCUACGUGGACUGGAAAUACAGACAUGGAAAGAAAGACAACAAGAAGUGGCAUCAGGAGUAUUUUAACCAUUUGAGAGAAAAUGCCGGCUUGGUGUGCAACUUUCAAAAGCCAUGCCGUGGAUUUGCGGAGUUUGUGGUCAUUUGUGCCAUGAUAUUAUUUGUAUCUGUCAUAGCUCCUUUCAUUCUUUGGGGUUCAUACGCCUAUCCGUUGGCCUUCGUCAUCGAUUAUGUGUUUGGCGAUGUUCUCAGGGGCGGCACACGUUCGUGUCAGGAAGUUGCAAGCGAAAGCCCGAACAUAACAUUCGAAGACUGCGAGGAGAGCCGUCAAACGCCAUACAUUAUGAAUCGCCGUUUUGCUCUAUUUGCCGCACCUCUUGUCUUUGCUUUCACAUGCUUCGUCCUGAAAGGUUAUGUCCGUAAAGGAAAACGGCUUCUCCAUUGGCUUUUGCUUUUAAGUGUAUCGCUCUUUGGAGUCUUAUUUUUUCCAUGGUUUUUGUAUUUCUCUCUUCGUUUCCUACCAGACUGGAUGAAAAUAGUUCUUGUUCUACCAAUUCUCUUUAUUUGGAUUUCAUUCCCUCUCGCGCGCAGAAAUGCUACCCUGAUGAUUGUUAUUUAUCUGUACUCGUUCACAACUCACAGCAGAAUAUAUCGCAUGAGUGUCUUUGGAGUCAUCUACACUAAGAACACCUUCAAUUAUCUACUAAGUGUAUCAGUCAUAUUACUGUGGAUUGGUCCUCUGAUUGAAGCCAUUCAACGAAGUCUUCCCCACAUUUGUGUCAGGUAAAAAUGAACAUAAAGCUCAAAGAGAGUUUAGAACUUAGAGUACAUUUUUCUCACUAAGAACCCAAUAGGACUUUUGAUCAAUUUUGUAACUAGUUAUUUUAAUCAUUAAUUUACUUUUAGUUAUUCCAUUGUUUUAUUUCAUACGUUUUUGAACAAUUGCAAUUAGUAUAUACCACACGGGUUAAUAGCGCUAUUCGCGCGCGCUCAUUGGCUAAUUCGGAAGUGAAUUCACCUCCACUUCGGUAAAUAAUAUUUUAGUGGCUGGGAGGAGUGGACGGUAACAGGAAUUAAGAACAGUACUGUAGUAGUAGUGAUCUUAAUUGAGGGCACUAAACUUCACAAGAGACGCACGCAUUACAGAUGGGACCUCAAUUACAGAUAUUAAUCAAAGGAAAGUAACUGUAAAGAGCUUAAAAAUACAAACAAAUACACACACACAAAAAUGUAGAAACAUCCGAGAAAAGUCAUGAAUAACUACAGUCGGACCGCCCUUCAUGACCACCUCUCGUUAGCGAUCACUUCUUCAAAAUACCAAAAGUUUCCAAUGAAAAUCACUUUGAAAGGAACCUCUCGUAAGCGACCUCUUCUCAUAGACGAUGCUUGUUUAUAAUUUUCAAAGGUUUUUAAUGUCCCGUAUGCGACCGCUUUAUAGACAAUCGGCUUUAUCCCUCACGAGCGAAAACUGAAAAUUGUUUCAACAGAUGUCGCAAAAUGGAGCUACCGGAAGUGUUUCCCCAAAUACAAAAAAGUCACCCGUCAUAUGAACCCCCUGUGGACUGACCUCUGGUAUAAACGACCACCUCCCGUAAGCAACCAACCGCACUUGACAUUUCGAGUGGUCGCUUACGGGAGGUUCGACUGUAAAUAACUUAAGACAGGCUAAGGUUAAAUGCACUUAGUGACUCUGUUUCCUCUUUGAAAAAGAGUUCAAAAAAAGGCGUGUAGAGUAGAUGGAGGAUUUUGCAAAUUGAGUGCACCGCAGUUGUUUCGUGAAUAACCUCGAUGUUUUUUCUUUUCUUUUCUUUUCUUUUCUUUUUGUCUUGAUACAUUUUUUUUCAAGAUGGAUUAUCCAAAAGGGAUUCUACUAUCCUCAGACCGUUGGUGAAUAUGGUUGCAGUGGAAUCUCUUGGCGUGACCUCAUCCUUUUUUGGCCGGCUUCCAAGAAUUCCAGAGUCCAGCACGUAACCUCUAAGCAAGCGUUGACCUUAGAUGAUGUGGAUGACCUCUCACCUAUCUACAUCGCUUGCACUACCGUCAACAGAUGGCGACGCACUUCCUCCCCCGGCGAACCUCAUUAUGAAGUCCUUACCAUGUCCCCACACGGUAUCGAACGGCUCGAUCGCUGUUCUGACGAGCAAGAGCUUCACGGUAAGCUAUUGGCCGAAGAUGUAUAUCUGUCUGAUGCUGCGGCAACGUCGAACGCUGCGGUCAGCUAUGAUAUGGGAGUACAGCAAUGUGAUGAGGCACCCUCUCGGGAUUUAAAGGUCAUGUUGGGACUCUCCGCCGGAGCGUAUAUUGUGGCUGAUCAGAGGCAUGAGACCAAACGUCAUUUCUGCGUUCAGGUGAUGGAUAAGGAAAUACAGUUACAUUGCAGCGGAUAAUCCCUCACGAAAAAAAAUUAUUGAGGGAACAUUUCAUGAAAAGUGAUUGAUUGUUUGCUUGAUUGAUGUAGCUAAGUUUUAUGACAUGCUAAAUUACUCAGCCUACGUGUAGCCGUACCCUCCCCCGCAAAGUGAAACGAGGGCGAGCUUCCGUCUCACCUUAGCGGGGAAGGGUAGGGCUAAACGUAGGCUAAAUUACGCACGUAUUUGAUUGGAUUUCACUAGUGAUCUAUUUGAGGAAAGGCGCAUAGAAAACGUCUCCAUGAACAACAUUUCGUUUUUUUUUUUCAAAGUUUUAUAACAAAUCAAUUCUAUGUUGCCAUAGUUCUGUACAGUAAUGGGUCACAGAAGAUGCCAAAGGUGAUAACAACAUAGGCUGCACUUCAUGGUCCAUUUUUUUUUUGUUCUUACCACACUUUGACGUCAUCUGUGAUCAAUUUCAGGACAGACACACAGCAACAUGCAGUCUAUUCGUUAUAUGAUAGAGAAUCCCAUGACAACAGUUGACAGUCUGUAUCGUUAUUGCUUCUCCUAGCCUUAACCAAGUUUGUAAUUACAAUACCGGCAGCAUGCCGCGUAAAGUGAAAUCAUAAUUCAACCAUCCAUUUGUAUUUUCGCUCGCUUUACAUACAUUAAUCAAGCAUUAGACAGCACUUCCUAUUGAUUUAUAGGCGGGAUAACCUACGUGGGAUGUUGGCGGAACGCGUGAAGCAUCUCGCGUGGGUUAUUGCACCGAUAAACCAGUAAGAAGUGCGGUCUAAUGUUUCUAGGAAAUAUGUACUAAAUAUUUUUCAAAUUUUUAUGACUUUUUCGAUAGAUAGAUUAUUGACCAAUCAGGUCGCUCGUACUAUCUCGGUUAUUUCAGAAUCUCUACUCUCACAUAUUUCAUUCCAGUAUCUUCCUCUUCUGAUUGAGUUAAUCCGAUUGGUUCCUUUGGCUCUCAUUCUCUUCCUGUACGCCAGGACUAAUAAUGAAAUCGUCUUGGUUGCUGGGAUGUUGAUUCAUCUUGGUAUCUGCCUAAUAUUUUCCUUAUUUGCGCUGGUACCAACUGGAGGAAAACAUCUCGGGAGACUGGAACGACUUGCCAGGUAACGGCUUGCUUAACCGUUUAACUCCUUAGGGUGAUUGGCAUCUAAUUUCUCUCUACCUAUUUCUCUUUUUAUCUCCACUGAAUUAAACACUGAAGUCGCGAGAAUAAAGGAAAUGAUCGCCAUUUAGAGAAGGUCUUGAUAGGGGAUCAAAUUCUCCAUGUCAGCAGCUUGAAAAGUUUAUAGAGGAACAGUUUGGAGAAUAUUGAUAGGGAUGCAAGGGGUUUAGAUUACAUACAAAGUAUCGGUGGGUGGACACAGUAACCCAAAUCAGAAGAGGAAGUGUGUAACUGGAGUCACGCGUAAUGGUGUUCAUCAUUUUAUUUAGAAAUAUCCACACGCCUACAGUACUAAACAUGAGAGGAGAGUACAUAUUAGAGAACAAAAACUAACAGAUAAACUCACAAUGAGGUAACAUAUUUACCUCAACGGUACCUAGCUUUACCAACGAAAAACGAAAAGUGAUUGUGUAUAUUUAUUCGCUUUCCCACUUGGGGUUGUUCUAUUUCUCGAUUUAUUUAUUUAUCUUAUUUUAUUUGACAGAUGGUUCACGAUCAACGUUUCUUCCGUACACUACUAUCGUUUGAUGAUGGAUAUGACCAACGUAGGACCCAAUCCUCCACCCGUUUUAUCCUUGAGUGACGGCGGCCAUCUUGAAAAUCUUGGUAUUCUACCCCUAUUGAAGCUGAGACUCGAAAAGAUCGUGGUAGUGGACGGAGGACGCUCUAUUUUAGACAAGGACUACGGAAAAUCCCUGAUGAUUGCUCUGGAUUUGGCCAGGAAAAAGUUAGGAUGCUCAUUCUCAGCUGUAGAUGGACGAGAUAUUGCCGAGGAUAUUCGGGAUAACUUCGUGGAGAGGAGCCCUGGGUCACAGCCAAGUAACUACAGGUACGCUAUGUAAAGUAGGAUUUGCUACCCCCGCUGCUUUGUUCGCUCCUGAGAAAUCGCAUUCAGUUUGUCCAACAUGUGUUACACCAAGUUCUUCCCGUAAAAUAUGGGUUUCAGUUUGCAGUAACCCUGCAACCACCAGAGGUGCUCGACACUCCUUGAAAUGUUACGCAUCAUUCAGCGACGAGCCUAGCAUUGAGAAAACUAUCCUCGGAUUGGCGAGAUGUACUUAAUUUAACCUUCAAAAUUUUUUGACGAGUAUUUUUCUGGGUGAGUAACAUCAUACCUUUUUCCAACUGAGGAAACCAAGGAAAUGAUGGAAAUGUUUCAUGGAGGAGAAAGUCUUCCUCAAGGGCAGAAUUUUAUAUUCAAUGUUACAUUCCUAAUUUUCUAUACAGCGAUUGAAUGAUAGGCGUAAAUUACUGAAUAGCAAAUGAUUGAUGGGGUUUCAGAGAGUAAGCUUAAAAGAAUGUUUUUUUUUUAUGAUUCAUCAUGAUAAUUUAUUGAAAAAGCAGAAUUUAUCUGUACACUCUUUCUGGCCCAACCUACGCGCAAUCAACUUUAUAAAAAAGGUAAAAUACUUGCUGCCUUGAACAACCGCGGGGGCUCGCGGACGGCUAGGUGGCCAGUUGAGGCAAAUUGCAAGUCGGUAAUUUUUAAGGGUUAGGUAAUAAGUGGCUAGAAAUGCAUUCUAUAGACAGCUGUUGCCCUACUUAAUUAUAUUUGUUCUUUAUUUUUGUCAGAUUUAAGGUACAUUAUUAUGAUAACAACGUUAACAGCGACGGGAAGACUAAAGUUGGCGAAGGGGAUAUCCUAUACAUAGUUCCCAGGCAUCCUGAAAAAGCAGUGAAAACUUCGUCUUAUGUGACCUGGAAGGAAGCGUUGCGUGACACGGAUGGAGAUCUGGAGGCUGGUCUUUGGGGGCCUGGUCCCGAGCUGUCAUCGGAAGAGGCCAAUCAAUUGACGUUCUGUUGCUGUGAAUGUUGCCAUGGGAAUACAUGUCGCAGCUUGUCUGAGGCGUUAUGUGGGAUGUUCCCACAUCACUCUACUAACCAUCAGUUCUUUACACCAACAAUGUUCGCUGCUUACCAUAGGGAGGGAUAUCGCGCUGGCAUGGAGGCGAAAGUAGCUGAGUUUGUGCCUAAUAGGCAUGAACCUUCCACUUCAGAGACUAUCUUAAUAUGA